UCAGCUGACCUUGAUUUAUCUGAGGAAGUAGAGUCAUCUGUUGAAACACACGUACAGGAAAAUAAUAGUCAACUUUCAAAUUUUAAUGAAAAUCAUUCAAUUUUGGAUAAAAAUUCACAUAUUCCAGCAAGUGAAUUAAUCAUUACGAGGAUCUUUGUUAGUAAAGAUCCCAUUAUGCCCUUUGUACUUCCAUCAAGUUUAAUGAUUGAACGUGUCUUUACAUCUAUAAUGAAUGAUAAAGAACCUACUGUUCUCUACAAGCGAUGUCUUUCUGAUAUAAAAUUUCAAAUAGCACAGAAUGAUGAAUUAGAAAGCGAAGUUAAUCAGAAUUCACACAGUACUGCAAAAAUUCUAGAAUUAACUGUUGAUAAUGAUGUGGUGCAUGGUUUCUACGAAGGUGGACUAAAAACAUGGGAGUGCUCAUUAGAUUUGGUUGAAUAUCUUUCAAUCAAGUUGAAAGAUGUUAAUCUUAGUGGUAAUAAAGUACUAGAGUUGGGAUGUGGUUCAGCACUUCCGAGCAUAUACCUGCUUUCUACUCAACAUUCUCUUUGCGUUGAUUUCCAAGAUUAUAAUGAAGAUGUUUUAAAGUUAGUCACAAUACCAAACAUACUUAUCAACACGGUAUUACGACCGCAAUCAGAUGACAUUUUAGAAUUAGAUAUUGUAGAAGAAACAAGUUGUCUGAAUCAAUUAAAAAAUAGCCGAUUUUUUAAGGGAGAUUGGAAUGAAUUAACCGAUAUAUUAAAUUUACAUUCAAAUCAGGAAAAAUAUGACAUAAUACUUUCUUCAGAAACAAUUUACAACCUUAACUCUAUUCCGAAACUUUAUAAUGUUAUUAAACAUGCUUUGAAAUAUCCAAAUGGUGUGGCUUAUAUUGCAACAAAAACUAUUUAUUUCGGUGUUGGCGGUGGAAUAUUACCAUUUCGUCAAUUAAUUGAGAAAGAACAAGUUUUUGAAGUUAAC